AUGCCAGGAAAGAAGGGAGGCAAGAGACGAGGCAAAAAGGCCGUGAAGAACGGAGACGAUACCCAAGCAGGGUCGGACAUCAGUUACACGUCCAAUGUCUGGCAGAAACGUGUGGUUGCCAGUGAGAUCUUCAUCAGUCCCACUGUCACCACCGGUGAAGGCACCCGCAAGCUCAUCCAGAUUGCCAACCAAGGAAUGGCCGAGUUUGCUGCUCAAACCCGAGAGUUGGUCCACGGGUCCACCGACGCUGACCAUGACCACCGGUACAUCUACUAUUCCUCGUUGCUCCAAAAUAUUGAGAAACGAAGGCAACAGGGUGCGAUGUUCAAGGAAAAACAGGCUCGUCGGGAGCUGGACAAGAAACUCGAACCCUACGAGCUGCAGAAACUCCGCUACCACGCCGCGACCAAGCUGGCCAACGACUUGGUCUACAAAUUCGACCAACUCGGCAAGGUCGCGCGGAGCCUGCUUACCAGCCAGGAAGAGCUCGGCGAAGGAAUUGCCGUGAGUGAAUCGGGCAGGAAGAAGAUCGUCGUCAGCGCCAAGUGUAUCGACACGCUCUGGAAGGACAUCAUCACGACGCAUACGCAGCUCAAGAAGUUGCACGAUGAGAUCGUAGUCGUCAAGAUGACCCUCCUACCCGUUCCGGGUCGCUUGAAGCCCGGCGAGAUCGACCGUGGUGAAGACGAGGCAGGGAACAAGCUCGGCAGAGAAACCGUGUGGGUCUACGAUCCUACAAACAUGGUUGGUAGCGACAAGCUCGUCAUUGGCGAAGAUGGUCAAAUUGAAGGCCUCGACACGGAUGAGCCAGUGCGUCCCGAGGGAACACCCCCGUCAUCUGAUGAAACCACCUUGGUCGAAGAGUUCGACGACCAGUGCCGGAUUGGUUCACCUUCCUGGUAUGCCGGGACCGUCAGCUCCACUAGGGCUCCUGGCACACCGGAUACGAAGGAGUCCAGCAAGGCAACCAGUGAAGAGAAGAGUAGGCAGCGAGAUGUCAAGGAAGGUAGCAAGCGCAAGGCCGAAGACGAAGACGAAUCUGCAAUUUCCAAGGAAGACACCAAGAUUCAGGAUGAAGCGUACGAGAGUGAUCGCGAGCUGUUGUUCGUCUGCAAGUGA